AGAAUCGCUGAAUCAGUGCAACUCUGUCGUCUGGCUGUUACGGUCCCUCAUCCCCACCCACCCGCCAUUAACAAUAGUCUCUCAACUUGCAGCUAAACGCAAGAGGCAAAAUACAAGCUUCUCAAGUCAACCUUUUUGCCCUUCGCGAAGGUAUGAAAGUGUUCUCGUGAAGCAGAUAUAUAAAACCCUUAUUGAUUGAAAAACUAUAUAUAUAUAUCUCUUAUAUCUAUAUAUAUCUAUUUUCAAACACACUUGUUUAUGUUCACACUGUUUGACCUUAUUUUGCUUUUUCUUGUUUUGAGCUCUACGGAUCAUAAAUAUCAGAUUUCUAAAGGAAGUGGGUCUUUAACUCUCUUGUUAAAGGGGAAAAAGGACGUGAGAGAAGAUCAGUUUGAGUUCAUGGGUUCUUGUUUCAGUUCUCGAAUCAAAGCUGAGAAUCCACUUCAUGCUGGGUUGAAUUCGAUAUUUAGCAGAGAUCGAAAAAAUUCUAGUAAUUCAAGUAGCAAGGUCUCAUCUGCAUCUGCGCCACCUACUCCUCGGACUGAGGGUGAGAUUUUACAAUCUUCAACUUUGAAGACCUUUACCUUUGGCGAACUCAAAACGGCCACCAGGAACUUCCGUCCUGAUAGUGUGUUGGGAGAAGGUGGUUUUGGCUGUGUUUUUAAAGGAUGGAUCGAUGAGCAGACAUUUACAGCUGCCAAACCAGGGACUGGUAUGGUCAUCGCUGUGAAGAGACUUAACCAAGAAGGUCUUCAGGGUCACAAGGAAUGGUUGGCAGAGAUAAAUUAUUUGGGGCAGCUGUAUCAUCCCAAUCUUGUGAAAUUGGUCGGGUAUUGCUUAGAGGAUGAGCAUCGGCUUCUAGUAUAUGAGUUCAUGCCACGGGGUAGUUUGGAGAAUCAUCUAUUUAGGAGAGCUUCUUAUAUUCAACCGCUUUCUUGGAACCUUCGUAUGAAGGUUGCUCUUGGUGCUGCAAAGGGACUUGCAUAUCUCCACAGUCCAGAAGCAAAAGUGAUAUAUCGCGAUUUCAAAACCUCUAAUAUCCUUCUUGAUUCUAACUUCAAUGCAAAGCUUUCUGAUUUUGGGUUGGCCAAGGAUGGGCCAACAGAUGGUGAAAGCCAUGUCUCUACACGGGUUAUGGGCACUUAUGGUUAUGCAGCUCCUGAGUAUGUGGCCACAGGUCAUCUAACUCAGAAAAGUGACAUCUAUAGUUUUGGAGUUGUUCUUCUCGAGAUGUUGACUGGGCGACGAGUGGUGGACAAGAACCGUCCACCCGGGGAACACAAACUUAUUGAAUGGGCUAAGCCUUACCUAGCCAGCAAACGGAAAAUGCUUCGUAUAAUGGAUCCUCGUAUCGAAGGCCAGUACUCACCAGGUGGAGCACUGAGAGCAGUUACCAUUGCCAUCAAAUGCUUAGCAAAUGAACCCAAGUUCAGGCCAAACGUGAAUGAGGUGGUGAAAGGAUUGGAGCAGAUUCAGGAAUUGAAAGACACGGAAAGUCCUAGAAGCGGAUCCGUCCAAAAUAAUCACAGCAAAUUAAGCAGUGGUCGGAAGUCUGACAGAACAUGUGCUAAUGAAGCUUCCAAUGAGAAAGCUGUGACUUCUCCAAGGCCAUCUGCUUCCCCGGUUCAUGCUUAAAGGAGAUGUUCGAUACAAAUGCAGAAAAAGAUUGUUGCUUCAGAGUAGACAGAAAACAAAUACGGCAGAUGUGAUAUACGGAGCACAUAAGUUCAGGAGCUUGGACGUGUAUAUAGUUCUUUGCAUUAAUUUAGUUGAUGUAUUUAAUAUUGAUACAUUUGACACAUUGUUGUUCCUGGAAUAUGAGUUUAUAUGAGAAACAUGAGGGGAUUAGUCCCCGAGAAUUUCGACUGUUCAUAUCGCUUGUGAAUCUUGUCAUCAGGAUUCGGGAGAGACAGGGACGACAUGUUUAUAAUACUGCGAUGAUAUUACUCCUCUUUUAAUGUAGUAUGUAUUGGAUUUAUAAUGUGAAAAGUCUUGGCUUGAAAAGAAA